UUGAUGGAGCAGAUCGUGAAGAGGAAGAAGAAAGGAAGGCCGCCUAAAGCAGAUCCGCCGCCGCCGCCGCCGCAGCAGCAGCCGGAGAACGACCUCAGGCGCAGCCUUCGCCGCCGGAAUGUGAAGUACGUCUUCGACCUCGACGAUUACUUCGACGAGGACGACCUCUUCACCGACGACGAGAACCGGAGCCGGAGGGAGAAGAAGCUGGAGCAACUGCUCAAGCUCCAGUCCGGGGGAGAGUCCGAAUCAACCGCUCCGCAGAGGACCCGCUUCCGGCGUGUAUACCACGCGCCCGCCGCGUCAGCAUCCUCCUCGGAUGACGACGACAAACCCUCCAAAAAACGGAGAAUUAACGGAUACCUGGACAGGGAUUCAGAUGAUGAUAACGAUUACACUAAUGAUGAAGAUAAUUGCAAUGGGGAGGAAGAGGAGGAAGAUGACGAAGAAGAAGAAGCAGAGAUUAGAGCAAGAAAGCGGGAUCCCCAAGCAGAGGAAUCAUCACCUCCAGCUGAGUUUGUGUCAUUGAAUGUUAUAGGGACACCAGCCGAGAGACCAUCUGGGCUCCCUCUGCCUGAUAAGAGGGCCUUGGAGUUAAUAUUGGACAAGCUUCAGAAGAAGGAUAUUUAUGGCGUUUAUGCAGAGCCGGUUGAUCCUGAAGAACUUCCGGAUUACCAUGAUAUAAUAGAGCAUCCAAUGGACUUCGCAACUGUGAGGAACAAGCUGGGAAAUGGAUCAUAUGCAACCUUUGAACAAUUUGAGAGAGAUGUUUUUCUCAUUUGCUCAAACGCAAUGCAAUACAAUGCACUGGAUACCGUAUACUACAAACAUGCACGCACCAUCCAAGAGCUGGCGAAAAGGAAAUUCGAAAAGAUAAAAUUAAAGAUGGAGUGCAUGGAAAAAAAAGAUUUUAAACCCGAACAGAAAUCGAGAUCUGCCUCUACUUUGAAGAAGCAGAUUAAAAGUCCUAUUGGUCGACAGAUGGUGCAAGAACCCGUGGGCUCGGAUUUCUCUUCGGGGGCCACUCUUGCAACUGCUGGUGAUGAUCAUACUGUCUCAAAUGCACUUCAACAACCUGAUAUUGUUGAUGGGCCUGCCGAGGAUAAUUCAUUUGGCAACGAUAGCAAUUUGGACAAGAUGGAAGAAUCUUUGCCAGGAAAGGGUCAAGUUUCUCGAAUUGGUAGAAAACCUUUUUUACCUGACGAAAACCGCCGCGCAACAUAUGCCAUAUCUCUAUCUGAAGCGGUGGUUAGCCCAGACUCGAUUUUCUCGACUUUUGAUGGAGAAACCAAGCAUCUGGUUCCUGUAGGGCUGUACGCAGAUCAUUCUUACGCUAGAAGCCUGGCCCAUUUUGCGGCAACCCUGGGGUCCGUUGCCUGGAGAGUUGCUUCAAAGAGGAUUGAAGAGGCUCUGCCCCAAGGGUUCAAGUUUGGCCAUGGUUGGGUUGGAGAAUACGAGCCACUUCCAACUCCCGUGUUAAUGCUCAAAAAUCGCCCAAUAAAAGAACCUCCUUAUUUCGCCAAAGUGCAACCCACUGCACAUCCUAAGACGUUAGAAAAUAGGCCCUCUAAUUUGAUCUCAGAAAGCCAAACCGCAAUGCCAUUGUCCGAGCACAAGCUGCCGUGUUUUAACCUUCCCGUGAGCAAAACACCUGCUCCUGUCAUAACAGUUCCAACUGUGGGGAAUAAUAUUCCGGAGAAGAAAGCACCUUUCUUCCUAUCUCCCGGGGCCCAUUUGAAUGGUCUUCACAGUCAAAGUUUCCAGUCAAGGGAUUUUUCCGGAACCAAUAAAAAUUCCUUCCCAAAGCACAUUGAGUCGAACGGCGUUCCUUGGGUACAUAAGAAUUCAGCGAACCUCAUCAGCAGCAGACAGAUUCCCAGAACUUCAGAAACAGAAGCUUCCAGAUCUCCAAAAAAUAAAAGUUUCCCUCCACCUGAACCUUUUAAACAGCCAGAUGCCAGCUGGCCAGUUUCCCAAAGAGUACCCGACAGGAAAAUAGCUAACAAUUACCAGCUGGAUGGAAACACAGCAGUCAGCUAUUAUCCUCACCAUGAUCCGGGCCCGGGCCUCAGCGAUCCGGCCCAGCAAAUGAGACAGCUCUCUGAAAAGGCCCGCCAAAACCACAAGCUUCCAAACCAAUCCUCACCCAAUGCUCCUCAAAUGUUGUCCCAAUCCCUCAAGUUUGCAGGUAACGACUCGAACAAUGCUGCCUUAUCAGCCGCGCGUGCGUGGAUGUCAGUGGGGUCGUUCAGACCACCUUCUGAGAACGUGAAAAAGAUAAAUUCAGGCUCGUUUAAUAACUCCACCCCACGUGAAAUGCAAUCUCAGGCAUGGAGAUUCCAGGGAGAGAAGAAUAUUUCGCCGGUUUAUGGUUUUGUAGGGCAAGGGCAGAUGCCGGUUAUGGUGGGAGGAGGCAAUCAGAUGGUGCAGCUUCAGAACCAGCGUUUGGUUUUCCCACAGCUGGCCGGUUCUGAUUUGAUGAUGCACUCGCCUGCAUGGCUGAGGCAGAAGAAGCAGGAGAAUUUUCCCCCGGAUUUGAAUAUUGGGUUUCAGUCUUCGGGGUCGCCUGUGCAGCCAUCGUCAGGGGUGCUGCUUGAUUCUCAGCAGCCAGAUUUGGCUCUUCAGCUCUGAGAGACUUGCAUUUUAGAGAAAGAAAAUGCAUGAAAAAAGAAAUAAACCAGGAAAAGAGAAGGUGAUGUUGUAAGUAAGUGAAUCGGCUUCCAGAUCACAAUCUGGUCUGGUACGAAUUGGAUUUUGGCUCGACUUAACCUUGGGUUGGAUGGUUCGAUUUAGUGAAACCGAGCAUUUGCAUUUGUGAAUUUUCCUUUCCAGACAUCCUAUUAUCAGGUUUUGCUAGAGCUGUGAAUCAAGACUCAUAGCUGGUUUAUACCAAAGAGAAGGUAGAUAGUUGAGCUUGUAAUCACCAGUCCAUGUAUUUGUUUGUUGUAUGUGGUUAUUUUUGCGGCUUAGGGUGUCAAGCGGAGCAAGGGUUGCAUUUUUGGUACCUGGUUUCAUUUGUUCUCAGUUCCUCUUGUUCUCAAUUUCUAAUGUGUUGCAAGAUUACUCAACUUCGUUAUUACUGGUUGUUCAGCAGAAGAUUGAAAAGAAAAGACAAUAGGAAAGAAGAUUGAAAUAGGGUGAAUUUAAAAGAUUUCAAUGCGACUUCUUAAACUUGG